UGCGGCUGCGCGGGCCGGGGCCCCUUUCAAUGCGGCCCGGCCGGUCCCGGCCCGCUCCAUUCGGGAACGCUCGUGCUGGGAUGCGGCGGGAUCCUCGUCCGAGCGCUGUGCCGAGCGCGACGCAGGGACCGGCCCCGGUGCUGCCCGAAUCCUGAGGCGCUCAGGCUUCUUCAUCAGACCUUUCUACAAGAUGAUGCUGGGGAAGCCCAUAACCCUGAAGGACAUGGAGUCAGUGGAUAGUGAAUACUACAACUCUCUGAAGUGGAUCCUGGAAAAUGACCCCACCGAGCUGGAUCUCACGUUUUGCAUAGAUGAGGAAAACUUUGGGCAGACAUAUCAAGUGGACCUGAAGCCCAACGGGUCCGAAAUCAUGGUAACAAAUGAAAACAAGCGGGAAUACAUUGACCUGGUCAUCCAGUGGCGAUUUGUCAACAGAGUGCAGAAAGAAAUGAAUGCCUUUCUGGAGGGAUUCACAGAACUGCUUCCUAUCGACCCGAUUAAAAUUUUUGAUGAAAAUGAGCUGGAGUUACUGAUGUGUGGCCUUGGUGGCGUGGAUGUCAGCGGCUGGAGACAACACACCAUCUACAAAAAUGGUUACUGCCCAAAUCACCCUGUUAUCCGGUGGUUCUGGAAGGCUGUGCUGCUGAUGGACGCUGAGAAGCGGAUCCGGCUGCUGCAGUUCGUGACCGGGACGUCCCGCGUGCCCAUGAACGGGGCAGGGACAGGGGCGGGACCGGGCAGUCCCAGAAGGCAGAGCCCGGGAGGAACCGGGAUGAAGCGGGGCGGGCCCGGGGCUGGGGCCGAGGUGAUUUAA